AUGGGGCAGUCUUGUUGUUCAAAUUGCAAUUGCAAUAACAAGGAAAAUGAGUUCAGCACAGAAGCUGACCUUAAAGAUGUCAAGACUAACAAAGAGCUCUCUGAAAAUACUUUAGCAGAUGUGAAUACACUCGAAAAUAUUAACUCUACACAAGUCAAUUUCUAUGCCUACUAUGAUUCUAAAAAGUCCAGAGAAAUUCUUCAUUAUGUCAAAAGAAUCCAAGCUUACUGGAGAGGGUAUCUCAUUCGAAAUCAAUUCAAACACUUGCGGAAGUCUCUUUCGAAAAACACUUAUUUUACGCUAUCUCAUUCUGAAGAAACACACAAAGGCAAAUUCAAAAAUUCUGGCAGAGAAAUCAGAGACCCACACGCUUUCAAAAGUGGGGCAAUCUAUGUAGGGGAGUGACUGGGAAAAGAUAGAGAUGGACUUGGAACACAAACUUGGCCUGAUGGGGCUAAAUAUGAAGGAGAUUGGAUUGCAAAUAAGGCCAACGGACAUGGAAAAUUUUGGCAUAUUAAUGGAGACACAUUUGAAGGAAACUGAAAAGAUGAAAAAGCGACUGGAAAAGGGAUUUAUAUACAUAGCAAUGGAGCUGCUUAUCAUGGGGAUUGAAAAAGUGACCUGCAAGAUGGCUUUGGAUAUGAGUCCUGGCCAGACGGCAGCAAGUAUGAAGGGUUUUAUAAAGAAGGACAAAAGCACGGCUUUGGGUCUUACACAUGGUCAGACGGAAGCAAAUUCGUAGGAAACUGAGUAAACAACAAAAUCAGCGGGCUCAAGCUGAGUUUACUCCGAUGGGGUAAAUUCAACCUAGUUUUACUGCUCUCGGGGUACAAAUACCCCAAAUGCUUCAUAUAAUCUGUUCUAUGAUUUUGCUUUUAGGCCUAAUUACUAGAAAAAUCCAUCAUUUGGGUUUUUUUUUGCCAUCUUUUUACCCCCAUAUAUAGGUCUUUUUAGCUUGUUUUUAGUAACCACUCGGGUUUUUUUUGCUUAUUUUAGCAAUAAAUUUAUCCUGACUCCCCCCCCGCUUUAAAUUGGAACAACAAAAUAUAGGUAAAAUUUCCACUUUUUGGUAAAUUAACCCUCCUUUAAAUUGGAACAAAAUUUAAUUUUAUAAUAAAAAAUUUUUAUAUAUAAAAAUCAUAAUUUUUAUGUAAAAAGAUUUGAUAUAAGUUAAAUGUUUUUUCUUAACUAAAAUUAAAAAUUUAGAUAUAUCUUGCUCUUGCUUAUAGAAUGAGUAUAAAGAGCAUCUUAUUUAAAUAAAUUUAUUGGCCUUAAUUGCUAAAUUUUUUAAAAAAUUUAAAUUUUUUUUUUUUUAAAAUUUUUUAAAAAAUUUUUAUUUUUUUUGAUAUUUUUUAUUUAAUUAUUAUUUUGAUAUAAAUUCAAUGCGAAUUCUUUACAAAAAUUGAAAAAUUCACUUAUUUAUUGCUUUAUUUUAAAAGAAUAGAGUAUAAAUGGCAUCUCAUUUAAACAAAAUUAGCACUUUGAUCCAUAAAUUUUCUAAAAUUAUUUUUUUUUAUAAUAAAAAUAAUAAUUUUUGUGUAAAUAGUUUUGAUACCAAUUAAUAGUGGCGUAUUAAUUCAUAAUAAAAAUUUAGUUAUAUCUUGCUUUGAUUUAAAGAUAAAGAGUAAAUAGUAUUUUAUUAAACAAAUUUAUUAAUCUAAUUCGAUAAAUUAUUGAAAAUUUUUUUUUUAUAAAAAAUUUUAUAUUGAUUUUUUUUUUUAAAAAAAUUUAAAUUGGAACAAAUUUUUAGUUCCAAUUUAAAGGGGGGGAGUGAGAAAAAUUUUUUGUUUCCUAUUUUUUCGUCACAUAUAUCUUAAUCAUAGUGCCACAGUUAAAUGCAUUAAUAUAUACAUGAUAUUGUUUUAUUUGUUUUAAUAAAUACUGAUAUAAACAGAUAUUUGCUGCUUCUUUAAUACUUAAAUAUCACUUACAAUAUUUUAAAAUUUCUUGCAUUGGGUUUGUUUCCGAGUAAAUUCCUCUUAUUCGAGGUUAAAAAUCCCACCAGUUCACUUUUACUCGGAGUUUUUUCCUCCACUUUUUUUCUGCACCAUUGAAAUAUUACAGCGGGAUUUACCCCGAGAACAGUAAAAACGACGGCGGAAUUUGCCCCAGCAGGGUAAAUUCAGCUUGUCCAAAUAAGCGGAAGAGGGGUGUACAUUUGGAUGGACGGAAGAAAAUAUAUUGGAGAGUGGAAAAAUAAUAAUAUGCAUGGGUACGGGGUAUAUACCUGGAAAGAUGGUAGAAAGUAUGAAGGACAGUACAAAGAUGAUAAAAAGCAUGGAAAAGGAGUCUAUACCUGGGCUGAUGGAAGAAAAUAUGACGGAGAUUGGAAAAACGGAAAGCAAGAUGGCGAGGGUGAAUACAUCUUUCCAAGUGGAGAAAGAAAACGAGGAAUUUGGGAAGAUGGAAAAAAGAUUAGAGCAUUUGAUUAA